CGCUCUCGGUCAACAGUUGAGAAAUAUCAUCGGCCGGGUGAGCAGUGAAGCCUCAAGGGUUCCACUGUACUGUUAAGGAUACCCGGUGUUUUUCUAAUUUUUUUUUUUACACCGCACCAGGAGGAUAUUCCAACAUGGUGGUGGUAGCAGCAGGGACCGGAGGGGCACACAAAGUGCUCCUGAUAUCCGGGAAGCAGACCGGCUCUUCCAACGUCUCACAGCCAGGCUUCAACCGGCCCAUCUCCGUUGUUUUGCCGUCAGCGUCCAGCCCGGCGUCGUCGGAUUCAGACUCCAACUCGUCUGCGGGGCCGCCGAUACGAAAAAGACAGAGGCUCACACACUUGAGUCCAGAGGAGAAAGCACUGCGCAGGAAACUCAAGAACAGAGUUGCAGCUCAGACAGCCAGAGAUAGAAAAAAGGCCAAGAUGGGAGAGUUGGAACAGCAAGUCCUAGAGUUGGAGCUGGAGAAUCAGAAACUUCACAUUGAAAACAGGCUACUUAGGGAGAAGACAUGUGGCCUACUGACAGAAAAUGAGGAACUGAGACAGAGACUUGGGUUGGACACCCUUGACUCAAAAGAGAAGGUUCAGGUAAUGUUGUCCACCGGGAACGACGCAGGUUUGGGGAUCGGGUCUUCUGAGCGCAGCACUCAGGCUACGUGUGCCUCCGCAGCAGGUGCAGGCCCAGCAGUUCCUAAAUCUGAAGACUUCUCAAUGGAUACAGAUAGUCCUGACAGUACAGACAAUGAGUCUGAUUUGCUCCUGGGCAUUCUGGACAUCCUUGACCCAGAGCUGUUCCUCAAGUCUUGUGAACAGGAGUGCGAGGAGCCGCAGGUGCUGCUGGUCGGAGGGGGGGACGCAGUACCUGCCACCACACCUGCGACUCUGGGGGCCCCAUCAGUUAAGCUGGAGGCCCUUAAUGAACUGAUCCACUUUGACCACAUAUACACCAAGCCCGUGGAGGAGGUGAGCGACGGGCAGUGCAACGACUCGGAGAGCGGCGAAGAAGAGAAGAUCGACGAGGCUGCCUUCCCCAUUGCCGAGGUGGUGGUAGAGGAGGAGACGGUCUGCAUCAAAGACGAACCAGAGGAAGUGGUCAUCCCCGACUGUAACGGUCACAGUCAGGUGGAUGACUUUUUCUCUGAUUCCACCUCCACUGCCCUCAGCGGCCUGGAUAAGGAAGUCUGCUUGGCGGACACAUACAGUGACUCUGGAUAUGAAGGGUCCCCUUCCCCUUUCAGUGACAUGUCCUCUCCCCUGUGCACUGAGAGCUCCUGGGAAGACAUGUUCACAAAUGAACUCUUCCCCCAACUUAUCAGUGUCUGAAUCCAACCCUGUAGUCCAAUAGGUUAUAAUAUAUACAUAUAAGCGCUAAUGUGUAGUGUUCAGUACCUACAGAUAAGCACACAAUGCUUCAUUAUAACAUAGAACAUUGGUUCUCAGAGUGGGAUCUGGGGACCCCAGGAGACCUUGAGGGGUUUCUGGGGGUCCCCAGCAAAAAGGGGAAUAAUUUAUUUUCACUGUAAUUCCAUCCAAAAAUGACACAAUGACAGAAUAUAUAUGACUAUUUUGGUCAUGGUUUCAUACACUCUGUGUAAUUAAACAAAAAGCAAAAAUCUUAUCAAAUGAGGAAUCCUGGGACAAACAUCUCAUCAAAUUGGGGUCUGUGGUUUAAUUUGUCAGUUUAGGAGUUUAUUUACCACCACAGACCCCACUCAUCUAUAGCCUAAAGUUAAGCACAAUCUCCUUUUUAUUACAGCAGGUCUGUACCACUUGUGAUGCAUUCACUUCGCAUUAACAUGUGGGAGAUGAGGUUCAGCUUAUUUAACCAUCAGUUAAUUACUCCAGAGGAUGUAAGAUUGUUUUCAAAUCUUUCGCUCGCUGUUCAAAUUGAAAUGUGGGUGGAUUCAGUAUUUCUGUAAAUUUAAAGGGGACAGGGACCGAUCAUUUAAAUAUAGCAUUUUAUUUAUUUGUAUUCUGCUUUGGAGUCACUGUAUGUACGCAUGUAUAAAGCUUUUUUGUUUUGCCGCUCUCCAUGUAGUCUAAUUACUGCAUUAAAAAAAUUUUGCAUCGCA